AAUAACCAUGUCGUGUCUAGGCGAUCACAGCGACGGCCGCCAAUUUGUCGCACACGGUACCCCGGGCCAGCGGGCUUGCGGCACGAAUUCAAGCCGGAACGGAGGGCGAGGGCCCAGGCCUGUCGGAAUGGGCGCCGGCGCUGGCUGGCACACCACGAUGAGCAGAGGAUGAGCAUCAUUUGCUACGGAUUUUUGUUGGGCGACGAAAAGAAAAAGGGUUGUCAUCGUGAGAAGAGUAAGCGUAGCAUCAAUCAACCGAGGAAAAAAAGUAUUUAUACAAGCUGUAUUCGUCGCUUUCUCGUCUUGCGAAUGCUUCUCUUUGCUUCACCAUCUUGCAUCCAGCUCGCUCCUCCACAGUGAAAGAUCUGCCUCGCGCGUCUACUUGCAAUACGUAACGGCAACCAGCUCCGUCCUAAACACCUUUCAAUCCACCUUUUUUUCUUUGGGGCGUCCUCAUCUGAUCGCACCGCUACCGUUUAUAUCAGCUCUCACUCAGCUCCUGUCGCCGGCUCUUCUCCAGUGACAGUCUGUCGCUUAUACCGAUCCCGUCGGCAUCCUCUUCCUGCAUACGCCCCUGUCUCGUUGUGUUAUUUUACAUUUCGAUUUUUUUUUCAAACAAAUAGCAGUUUGGUCAAGGCCAUAGCACCUGUCACGCAACAACCAGUAGGUACUCCCAUUUUUUUUACGUUCUUUACGUUUUGUUCCGAUAUAUCCUCGUGAAGAGCACUACCCCCUGCCCCAGCCCAGCCUGGACUCUAGCGCACACGCCCCUAUGGCUUUUUUCCCCCGCCUGCGUCCCUCUUCAGCGCUAAGCCGCUUUUUGCCUGCAACCGCCGAGUCGUGCUGCUUUGGCCACUGUCAAGGUACAUUUUUUCUGCUGGCCACGAGACUUGGUUUUUCGUAUGGGCUAGACUUGGUACCUUUUCUUUUUUAUUUCUGGCUUUUUUAAGCUUGAAUGGAAAGAAUGGGCUCCAAGGAGAAGAAGGAGACUUGAACAGAUUUGCUACAGUCACAACUGGCUGUCGUUCUCUUACAAAAGCGUACACACACGACAGCCGGGCCCUCUCACAGGCACCGUUCCCGUCCACUACACGUCCCUCUUCCGGCCCUGUCUUAGUUUUUUUCCUGCCCUGUCGCUGCGCCAUUGCAUCCCUACCGGUUGCAACUGGCCCGAUUCAAUUCUUUUUUUUUUCACUGCGCAUAUAUUCCCUGCCCGAAAAAAAUAAAUACCACGUAUUUUCUUUCCCAUCCAUCCCCUCCCGCUAUACGCACACCCUUUCCGCUGCUCCCCACUUGGCCUCCCCGCCGCCUCCUUCUCCAUCCUCUCCCCACCCCCGGCCCAGAAUUGACUGGCCCUCUGUCACCUACAAAGAAAAAUUCCAGGCAGCUGACGAUCAAGCCAUUCUCGUACCAGACUCUUCCGAUAUAUUUUAUAUAUAACCAUGAAGGACCCCGUCUUCAGAACCGCCUCUCCCUAUCCUGAUCCCAACCACAAAGGUCCCAAGUCUUUGCAACAGUCUACCCGUGGUGUUUUGCCCAAAAUGAUUUCCAACAGCGUCAACAAGACCUCGCUGCACCCCGGUGGUGUCCAGCCUCACACCGAACACACUCAGCUCGAGGAGGAACUUCACGAGACUGCUCACAUCGACUACGACCGUGUCGCUAUUAUCCCUAACCCCUCCGUUGCUGCUCUCUACGAAGAUGCUCUCGUCUACGAGACCGGCACUGCCAUCACCUCCAGCGGUGCUCUCACUGCCUACUCUGGCGCCAAGACUGGUCGCUCUCCCGGUGACAAGCGUAUUGUCCAGGAGCCUUCGUCUGAGAACGACAUCUGGUGGGGUCCCGUCAACAAGCCCAUGAGCCCUGAGGUCUGGAAGAUCAACCGCGAACGUGCCGUCGAUUACCUCAACACCCGUAACCGUAUCUAUGUCGUGGACGGUUACGCCGGCUGGGAUGAGAAGUACCGUAUCCGCGUCCGUGUCAUCUGCGCUCGCGCCUACCACGCUCUCUUCAUGCGCAACAUGCUUAUCCGCCCUCCUCGUGAGGAGCUUGAGAACUUCCACCCCGACUACACCAUCUACAACGCUGGUACUUUCCCCGCCAACCGUUACACUGCCGGUAUGACCUCCGUCACCUCCGUCUCCCUCAACUUUGCUGCCAAGGAGAUGGUUAUCCUCGGUACUGAAUACGCUGGCGAAAUGAAAAAAGGUAUCUUCACCGUCCUCUUCUAUGAAAUGCCCAUCAAGCACAACGUCCUCACCCUCCACUCCUCCGCCAACGAGGGCAAGAACGGUGAUGUCACCCUCUUCUUCGGUCUUUCUGGUACUGGCAAGACCACCCUCUCUGCCGACCCCAACCGUGCCCUCAUUGGUGACGACGAGCACUGCUGGUCUGACCGCGGUGUCUUCAACAUCGAGGGUGGCUGCUACGCGAAGACCAUUGGUCUCUCUGCUGAGAAGGAGCCCGAUAUUUACGGCGCCAUCCGCUACGGUUCUAUCCUCGAGAACGUCGUUUUCGACCCCGAGACCCGUAUCGUCGACUACGAUGACUCCACCCUCACUGAGAACACUCGCUGCGCUUACCCCAUCGAGUACAUCUCCAACGCCAAGAUUCCUUGCCUGUCUGAGAACAUGCCCACCAACAUUAUUCUCCUGACCUGCGAUGCCCGCGGUGUCCUCCCCCCCAUCUCCAAGCUUGACAGCGCUCAGACCAUGUUCCACUUCAUCUCCGGUUACACCUCUAAGAUGGCUGGUACCGAGGAUGGUGUCACCGAGCCCCAGGCUACCUUCUCUGCCUGCUUCGCUCAGCCUUUCCUUGCCCUCCACCCCAUGCGCUACGCCAAGAUGCUUGCCGACAAGAUCGAGCACCACAAGGCCAACGCCUGGCUCCUCAACACCGGCUGGGUUGGUGCCGGUUUCGCCCAGGGUGGCAAGCGCUGCCCCCUCAAGUACACUCGUGCUAUCCUCGACGCCAUCCACUCUGGUGAGCUCGCCAAGGUCGAGUACGAGAACUACGACAUCUUCAACCUCCAGGUCCCCAAGACCUGCCCCAACGUCCCCGACGAGAUGCUCAACCCCAAGACCGCCUGGACUGCCGGUGCUGAGAGCUUCAACGCCGAGGUCGUCAAGCUUGGCAAGCUCUUCCGUGAGAACUUCGCCAAGUACGAAAGCGAGGCCACUGAGGAUGUCAUCAAGGCUGGUCCUGCUGUCUAAGCAUCAUCGUCUACAUGCACUUUUGCAAUUUUAGCGCUACAAAAGACAUGACCGAGCAACCGCUUUUCCUUUGUCAGACUCGGUCUACAAUCGAAACCCUUCGGGUCGAUUUGUUAUAGUGUUCUAUACUUGGGCACCCUUUGCGUGCACCUUCACGACAUCUGGGAAACGGCGUUGAUAUUUUUUUUACAAAUUUUCUUUAUAUAUUAAAAUCUAAUAACAUUGGUUUUACGUUUAAUAUCUGUGUCCUUGUAAAAUUUCAAGUGAGAAAAAUCGCAAGCGAACAUGGCAGUUAGCACAUGCCGGAGGUCAUCAUGGUGUUAGCCAGCCCAGCCCAACCCAGCACGACUCGCUACCAAAAAGUGGGGCCACAAAAUUUUGCUGCUGGUGCUUCAUGGUACACCAAAAAGAAGUUCACUGAGAAAAGUAGAAGCAAACAUUUACAUGGCAAAUAUAUAUCACAAUCAGUUGAUGAGAGAAAAUUGGUUUCCGAUUUUUAUUCAUUUUUUAAUGGUCAUGACAUAAAACCUAGCAACACCGUUAUUCCCUAAAUUUUGUUUUGCAUCAAAGUCGCAACGCCCAUCACGGGUAUUAAAGAGCUGCUUAGAUCUUGGUGGCAGCCUCGAAAGCCUUCUGCUUCUUGGCAAUGCGCAUCUGGGCCUUGGGGCCCAUGAUACCACCACCCCACUGGCGGCGGGACUGCUCGUGCUUCUCAACGAAGCCGUCCUUGAUGGCAGAGACGAGCUUGGAGAGCUCAGUCUUGUCCUCGGAGCGGACCUCGGUGAAGGCAAGGACAGCGGCGGUCUUCUUGUGGACGACAGUGCCGAGACGGGCCUUGCCCUUGACAAUGGCGUAGGGGACACCCAUCUUCUUGCAGAGAGCGGGAAGGAAGACAACGAGCUCAAUGGGGUCGACAUCGUUGGGGAUGAGGACGAGGGAAGCCUUCUUGUUCUCGAUGAGGCCGACAACGUGGUUGAGACCGUACUUGACGGUGUAGGGCUUCUUGGAGACAUCCUCCUUCUUCUUGCCCUCCUUGACGGCGGUAGCCUCCUGGAGGAGACGCUCCUUCUUCUCGGCCUUGGUCUCAGGGCGGUACUUGUUGAGGAGCUUGAAAGCCUGGGCAGCGGUGUUCUUGUCGAGAACAGUCUGGAACUGGGCGAGCGUGGGAGGGACCUUCAGGCGCAUCUGAAGGAUCUUCUUCUGGCGCUGGAGGCGGACGUACUCGGGCCACUUGACCAUGCGGGACAUGUUGCGCUUGGGCUGGAUGUCCUGGCCGAUACCGAAGUUACGGGGGCGGCGCUCGAUGAGAGGGUUCUGGUUCACGAGCACGUUAGCAACGAUGAUGCAUUUCGCAAGACGAGAAGGAGUUUGGUACGAACCUUAGGACCCUUCUUAGAGCCAGCCUUUCCCUGAGGGAAAGGGGCGGGGGCAACCUUCUUGCCAGUAGAUUUGGUGGGCUGUCAUUGAGAAAAGAUAUCAGCGCUAUGCUCAGAAGCAAGUUGAUCUCCUUUAAACUCUAACGAGAAUACGGGAGCGGCAUGUUUCAGCAACGCUCCCGUCAUCUCCAGCCAAGUCUUCACCCGAUAUGAGGUUCCAUCUGUCGAGGAUGGAAAAUCGUUUCGAGGCGGAAUUGCCAACACGGUUCUCCCGUCGAGAGAGGGAUUGCGUAGAGGCUCAAUUGUGCUGAUGCACAGUUGACUCACAGAGAACUGUGGCCGUAAGAGUUUAAUGUUUCUUUCAUUCACUCACCAUUUUGAUCGUUGGGCGGAUGCUCUGUGGUUGGAUGAGCAAAGUUGCUUGGAUGUCGACGGAGAAAAGACGGACGGG